GCGCUUGGGUUUGGGGUUUCGUUUCGUGUCCCAAGGAGGAGGCCCAUGCCGGGGCCGGGCCUAAUAUUCUCCCCUUGUCCCCAUCAUCGCUUGCAAUCGCGACCGGUAGCAGCAGCCGCAGCCAGCAGCCGUAGUAGUAACACGCUCCAUCUCUUCUUCCCCGGUGAGUCCAGCCGCGAUCGAGCUCGUCUCGUCUCAUCUCCUCUAUAUAAGCAGCCGCUUCUCUCCUCACUUAAAGCACCGAGCUUUAGCGUUGGCAAGGAGAGAGAGAGAAGAGAGAGAGAGAGAGAGAGAGAGAGUAAUUAAGGCUGGGAGGAUAGGCAGCAGCAGCAGCGAGAGGGAAACGAGCGAGCGAGCUUAGCUGGUGCUUGCCUAUAGGUAGCUAAGCAAAAUGGGGCAGAGGAGGAGGUCGGGGCCGCGGCGUCAGAGCCAGAGCGUGGUGGUGGUGGUGGUCGCCGUGUUGCUGGCGACGGCGUCCUGCGCGGCGGCGCAGCUGAGCCAGAGCUACUACGCGUCGACGUGCCCCAACGUGGAGACGCUCGUCCGCGGCGCCGUCACGCAGAAGCUCAAGGAGACCUUCAACGCCGCGCCUGGGACGCUCCGCCUCUUCUUCCACGACUGCUUCGUCAGGGGGUGCGACGCGUCGGUGCUGAUCGCGGGGCCGGACGACGAGCACAGCGCGGGCGCGGACACGACGCUGUCGCCGGACGCGCUGGACCUCAUCACCCGCGCCAAGGCCGCCGUCGACGCCGACGCCCAGUGCGCCAACAAGGUCUCCUGCGCCGACAUCCUCGCCCUCGCCGCCCGCGACGUCGUCUCCCAGGCAGGAGGACCCUACUACCAGGUGGAGCUGGGGCGGCUUGACGGCAAGGUCGGGACGCGCGCCGUGGUGAAGCACAGCCUCCCCGGCGCCGCCUUCGACCUCGACCAGCUCAACAAGCUCUUCGCCACCAACGGCCUCACCCAGACCGACAUGAUCGCCCUCUCAGGAGGGCACACGAUAGGGGUGACGCACUGCGACAAGUUCGUGCGGCGGCUGUACCAGUUCAAGGGGGCGGCGCCGCAGUACAGCCCGCCGAUGAACCUGGCGUUCCUGCGGCAGAUGAGGCAGACGUGCCCGCUCAGCUACAGCCCGACCACCGUCGCCAUGCUCGACGCCGUCUCGCCCAACAAGUUCGACAAUGGCUACUUCCAGACGCUGCAGCAGCUCAAGGGCCUCCUCGCCUCCGACCAGGUGCUCUUCGCCGACCGCCGCUCGCGCGCCACCGUCAACUACUUCGCCGCCAACCAGACCGCCUUCUUCGACGCCUUCGUCGCCGCCAUCACCAAGCUCGGCCGCGUCGGCGUCAAGACGGCCGCCGGCUCCGACGCCGAGAUCCGGCGAGUCUGCACCAAGGUCAACUAAUAACGUAGAGCAGUAUAGCUCACAUUUGGGUGGUAGAGAGGGUAAAUUGGUGAAUUCUUCUCUGUGUCUCUCUUCUUCUUCUUCCUCUUCUUCUCCAUGAUGAUCUUCGAUUCUCACUGUCCAUGUUCACAAGUCCACCGCGCACAGUUGUUGUAUUUGUUCCCGCCAAUUCUUUUCUUGAUUCUUAUAAUCAUAAAAAGUGUCAUACAUUAAUUAGGAUAUAUUUUCAGGGCCCCUACCCAUGUGAUAUGAUAGAAGGUACACUUACAAUGAUGUAAACUAGCGUGGUGGCCCACGCAGAUUGCGCGGCUAACAUUAUUAUAUUUUCUCUCAUAUAAUAGCAUAUAUGUUUUCUCA